ACAGCAGGCGUGGGCGGGGGUGGGGAGCGCCCCUCCGCGUUCCCUAUCGCCCGAGGCCAGGGCCCGGGGACUUUUAUUGUGACACGGCGGGCUCCCGGCUCUGCUUAGUCAUGGUGACCUGCGCGCGUUCCGCGCCUCCCCCACGCGCAGCGAUGGAGGCGCCGGGGCUCGGGCGGCGGAGGCGGAGCCGGAGCGCGGCCAUGGCGGGGCCCCUGAGUGCCAGAGGUGGUGGUGUUGCUUAUCUGCUAGAACCCCAUGCAGCCAGAACCCAGGCCUAGCAGGGCUGGGGCCUGCAGCAGAUUCCUGCCCCUGCGGUCACAGUGCCCCGAGGGGGGAGGGGACGCAGUGAUGUACGCCUCCACGGAGUGCAAGGCGGAGGUGACGCCCUCCCAGCAUGGCAACCGCACCUUCAGCUACACCCUGGAGGAUCAUACCAAGCAGGCCUUCGGCAUCAUGAACGAGCUGCGGCUCAGCCAACAGCUGUGUGACGUCACCCUGCAGGUCAAGUACCAGGACGCGCCAGCUGCUCAGUUCAUGGCCCACAAGGUGGUGCUGGCCUCUUCCAGCCCUGUCUUCAAGGCCAUGUUCACCAAUGGGCUGCGGGAGCAGGGCAUGGAGGUGGUGUCCAUCGAGGGCAUCCACCCCAAGGUUAUGGAGCGCCUCAUCGAAUUUGCCUACACAGCCUCUAUCUCCAUGGGCGAGAAAUGUGUCCUCCACGUCAUGAACGGUGCUGUCAUGUACCAGAUCGACAGCGUUGUCCGUGCCUGUAGUGACUUCCUGGUGCAGCAGCUGGACCCCAGCAACGCCAUCGGCAUCGCCAACUUCGCUGAGCAGAUUGGCUGUGUGGAGUUGCACCAGCGUGCUCGGGAGUACAUCUACAUGCAUUUCGGGGAGGUGGCCAAGCAAGAGGAGUUCUUCAACCUGUCCCACUGCCAACUGGUGACCCUCAUCAGCAGGGAUGACCUGAACGUGCGCUGCGAGUCCGAGGUCUUCCACGCCUGCAUCAACUGGGUCAAGUAUGACUGCGAGCAGCGGCGCUUCUAUGUCCAGGCGCUGCUGCGGGCCGUGCGCUGCCACUCGCUGACGCCGAACUUCCUGCAGAUGCAGCUGCAGAAGUGUGAGAUCCUGCAGUCGGACUCCCGCUGCAAGGACUACCUGGUCAAGAUCUUCGAGGAACUCACCCUGCACAAGCCCACGCAGAUGAUGCCCUGCCGGGCACCCAAGGUGGGCCGCCUGAUCUACACCGCGGGCGGCUACUUCCGACAGUCGCUUAGCUACCUGGAGGCUUACAACCCUAGUGAUGGCACCUGGCUCCGGUUGGCGGACCUGCAGGUGCCACGGAGUGGCCUGGCCGGCUGCGUGGUGGGCGGGCUGUUGUAUGCCGUGGGCGGCCGGAACAACUCCCCUGACGGCAACACCGACUCCAGCGCCCUGGACUGCUACAACCCCAUGACCAAUCAGUGGUCGCCCUGCGCUCCCAUGAGCGUGCCCCGCAAUCGCAUCGGGGUGGGGGUCAUCGAUGGGCACAUCUAUGCCGUCGGUGGCUCCCACGGCUGCAUCCACCACAACAGUGUGGAGAGGGUGGUGACCGUCCCUUCUGUUCUCCCUGUAGGAGGCUAUGACGGUCACACGUUCCUGGACAGUGUGGAGUGUUACGACCCAGACACAGACACCUGGAGCGAGGUGACCCGAAUGACAUCGGGCCGGAGCGGGGUGGGCGUGGCUGUCACCAUGGAGCCCUGUCGGAAGCAGAUCGACCAGCAGAACUGUACCUGUUGAGGCACUUUUGUUUCUUGGACGAAAAUGGGGAAUAUCGUUGUUUUUGUACAAAAACCAGGACUAAAAGAAGAUGGCACUGCAAAUAAUCCAUCCUUCGGGAGGGGAGGCUGGGAUGCCUCAGUGUUAAAAUGACAUCUCAAAAGAAAUCCAAAGCAGGAACCAUGUGCCCCUCAGCAAAGCCCCAGGAGUGUCCAAGACAGCCUGGCUGGGAAAGGGGGUGUGGGAAGAGCAGGCUUCCAGAAGAGAGGCCCCCAAACCCUCUGCCCAGCAGUAGGCCUGGGUCCGACCCACUCCAGCAGCUGUCACCUUGUGAUUUGUUCUGGAUACCUGGGAGGGUGCCAAGGUGGGCCUCAGGGGGAGGCCCCCUCUGGAAAUACGGUUCCCAGGGAUGGACCUGUACAUAGAAGCCACCAAAUGGCACUUCCCUGGACAGUUAUUUUGUUGAUAAGUAACCCUGUAAUUUUCCAAGGAAAAUAAAGAACAGACUAACUAGUGUCUUUCA